AUGGAUGCUUUCACUGCUGGGGCGGCAGGGUCCGAGCUUGUGGAGGGACCUGGGAGUGCCAAGGCCGUGGUGGCUGGGGAUGUGCUGCCUCCCAACGGUGUCCUGGGGACACAGCUGGUGGGGGCACGACAUGCCAUGUCCCCCCUUUGGGUACAGGAUGGCUGGCCUGAGCCCAAGGGCUCCCUGGGGAUGCUGAAGGCAGUGAGCAAAUUCUGUCCCACAGCUGCAGCCAGCAAGCUGGAGAUCUCCAUGCCGCCUGAGGUGGAAGUGGAGCUGGGGGGCACAGCCAGGAUCGAGUGCAACUUCUACAUCCCUGAGAAUGCCUCCUACACCUACAUCGACUGGUUCUACGUGGACCGCAACAACAGGCAGGUGAGGCUCUACCACAUCACGGCCAACGGCAUCCUGGAGGAUGAAACCGACUACAGGAAGCGUCUGUCACUGGGGGAGGACAAGGCCCUGUCCAUCAGCGAGGUGACACUGCAGGACCCCAAGGUCUUCAUAUGCCAGGUUGGAGCUGGCAGCUACGGCAUGGGCGAGAACAGCACCGAGCUCAGCGUCUACAAGCUCCCCACCACCCCCGAGAUUAAGGCCUAUGCAGGAGGCAUCUCUGUGCACAGCAGUGACAUCCCAGAGAUUGCCAGGUGCGUGAGCAAAAACAGCCUCCCAGCUCCCAACAUCACGUGGCACAAGAACGGGGAGCAGCUGCACGCCGGGGAGAACAGUGAGUGGGGAUGGGGAUGGGGAUGGGGAUGGGCAGCCAGGCCAGCCAGGGAACCCCAGGGAGCCAAUGAUCAAAAGUCAACAGCAGAGAGCCAAGGGGUGAUCAUCGUGGCCAUCAUCGUGGCCAUCCUCGUGGUGGCUGUGCUGGGCGCUGUCAUCUACUUUCUGCACAAGAAAGGCAAGAUCCCGUGUGGCCGUGCCGGGAAGCAGGACAUCCCAAAGNCAGACCCCUCCGAGAACCUGAAUCUGAAGGUGAUGCCGUCCUCGACGCUGGUGAAGGAAGGGGACAAUGUGACGCUGGUCUGCGAGGCUGAUGGGAACCCACCACCUGUCUUCAGCUUCUUUAAGAAAAAUCUGGAUGUGUGGCAGGAUGUGACCUCGCUGGCAGAGCCCGACAGCGGCGUCCUGAGGCUGCACGACGUGAACAAAACCAGCAAUGGCACGUACAGGUGCCAGUCCCUGGACCUGGAUGACAUGUCACAGAUAGAGGAGGACGUGGAUCUCGUUGUGAACUACAUUGAAGGGGUCCAUGUGAAGAUGGAGCCAUCCUCCGCCCUUCGUGAAGGGGACAGUGUGAUGCUGAGCUGUGAUGCCUACAGCCCCGUGGGCCUGAAAUACCAGUGGAGGGAUGACAAGGGCAAGAAGCUGGUGGAAGGGAACCAGCUCCUGGUGAAGAACGUCACCUUUGAAAAGUCCAACACCUUCAGCUGCAAGGUGAUGGCCCCGAGCGUGCCUGGGCUGGAGCAGAGCAAAAAGGUGUCCGUGGCUGUCGAGGCACAAAGCCAGAGGCCCGUAAAGACAAGAUUGUAGUUGAAGUUAAGUCAGAUAAACUUCCCGAAGAGGCGGGGCUCCUGCAGGGCGCCAACGGCGAGAGGAGAGCUGCAGCUGACCAGAGCGAGAAAUACAUCGAUCUGAGAAACUAGAGAGGAAACCUCCCAAGUGCUUUCUUCCUUCAAACCUUUCCUGCUCUUGGAUUGCCUUCUCCCACCCCUGCUCCAGCCCCUGGGGAGCACGGCCAGAGAGCAGCCGAGUGUCACCGUGCUGGGGACACCUCCCUGAGCCGCCUGGCCACUACCUCAGCCCUGGGCUCGCAGGUGUUGCCUUAGCAGCAAAGCUGGACUCGCUUUACUACUCCAGAGAAGCCACAGCAAUAUUAGGAAGAAUUCUAUCCCAUUAACCCCUACUUGGUGGAAGGAUUUGAGGCUCUUUCAGGUAAUCUGUUCUGUACAUGUUGUGGGAAGGUUUUGACACAUUCUUUUUUCCCUGAGCUUGCUCAGAGAGGCUGGUGGAAUUCAGUUUUUGGGAUGUCUGAGGCACCUUGGCUGUAGUGGGUGCAGGUUGGAGGAGAGGGGAGUGGAAGGGGGGAGUGUUAGAGAGGGUUUGAGUGCUUGGCUUUGCCUUUGAACCGUUCCUGGGUCAGUUUAUCCCAGCGGUGCUGUGAUCCCACAGGAGGAGAGGCCCUGGCAGAGCGAGGAAGGGGUGCCCAUCUCCAGGAAGGUUUGGGGGUUCUGUUUGCAGCUGUGCUGACCCCAGGGCAGGGCUCUCUCUCCCCUCUGAAUUUGGUUCAUUGUAGGAGCCAGAGCUCCCCCAGGUUUCAAUUCAAUAUCGGACAGGGCCAGUCAGUGACGUCUCAGGGUUUUUUGUGCUCAGCCAUUGCCAGCCCCAGGUCCAACUCCUCUCUGUGCUUCACUCCCACCUCUGGCUCCACGAGGAGGAGAGAAGGGCAAGAACCUUCCAUGAGCUUCUGUGCCACCUCCCCUGCCUCCCCCCAGCGGGCUCAGCCCCUCCUGCCCCUCUGCUGCCCACAAGGCUUCGUCCCCUGCCCCACACAGGGGCCCUGUCCCCGCCUGCUCCACGUGGUGUCCGAGCAAAAGCUUUGGUUUAUAUAUAUAUUUUUGUUGGAUUGUGUGUACAUUUCCAGGAGUUUUAUUUCUCUUUUUUUUUUUUUUUGGUUGUCCGAUACUUGUAAGGGUUUUUUUUUUUUUUUUAUAUAUGUGAAAAUAAAGUACGGAUUCAAAGCUGA